GCACCUCUAUUUAAGUGGCUCCUCAGAUGAACUCAAAUCUCCGAGGACACGUUUUUUUUUUACCAGAAGGCAGUUGCUACCAAACAAGAUGGGAAACGUACAGUGUAACCUCAAAAAGAAACAAAAAAUCAAGCCGAAGAAACUUCUGCUGGCCCCUACAAUUCACCCAUAUGCUGACUUCAAUGCAGCCAAGGAUGCUAAAGACCUUAGGAAGGCAUGCAAAGGACUAGGCACAGAUGAAGAUAAAAUCAUUGACAUUUUGGCAAAUCGCACUGCCAAGCAACGUCACGAGAUCAAGGAAGAGUACAAGCGUUCAUUUGGAGAUGACCUGGUCGAUGUGCUCAAGGGUGAGCUGAAGGGCGACUUGGAGAAGGUGGUGCUGGCGCUCAUGGACCUGCCGGCUGUGUACGAUGCCAAGGAGCUGCGCAAGGCCAUGAAGGGUGCUGGCACGGAUGAGGAAGUGCUCGUGGAGAUCCUUUGCACCCGCACCAACAAGCAAAUCCAAAGAAUGCGUCUCGUUUACAAUGAACUUUUUGACAGGGACCUUGAGUCAGACCUGAAGAGUGAGACCAGCGGUGCGGUGGAGAAGCUUUUGGUCGCCCUGGUACAGGGGAAUCGUGAUGAAAGCACCGAUGUGAAUAUGUCGUUGGCCAACAGUGAUGCCAAGGAGCUUCACGAGGCAGGAAAAGGGCACUGGGGAACGGACGAGAUGGCAUUCAACUCGGUGCUGGCAACGAGAAACAUGAUGCAGCUGCGUGCCACCUUCAAGGCUUACAAAACGAACCAUGGAGAGGACAUUGAAGAUGUCGUCAAGAGUGAAACAUCUGGGAUGCUGCAGGAUGCUUACCUGGCUAUUGUCCACUGUGCAGAGGAUGCGCAGGAAUACUUUGCAAAGAAGCUAUACAAGUCGAUGAAAGGGGUUGGCACAGAUGAUGAUACACUCAUCCGUUGCAUUGUCAGCCGUUCCCAGAUUGACUUGGGCACCAUCAAAGACACCUUCCAGAAAAAAUAUGAGAAGACACUUGCCUCCUAUGUUGCUGGCGACUGCAGUGGAGACUACAAGAAGAUACUGCUGGCUGUCAUACAUUAAACCUUGCACAGAAUGUUUAACCUGCAGACCGAAUGACAAUGCAUCCAUUCAACGUGUUUUUACAAAUGGCACAAGGCCAAUUUCCAUAGUUUCCCCCAGUUAAUUCUCUUGGCCGUUUUUAGUGCACUUAAGAUGAUAUAGCAGAAGAUGAGUAGAUUGUCAGUUUAAUUUUUGACGAUAGACUGAUUUGAGUGUGAUUUUUUUAAAAGCAUUAAAUGUAUUCUACAUAUCAGUUCCAAUAAAAUGCUCAAGCCCCCCAUAA